CGAACCUGGAGCCUUGUGUUCUGAGAGUGUGUUGGAAGAACCUGGCACGCCAAGUGCGGGGCUUGGCUAGCACCAUUUUUCUGCCUCGUAUGGCCUGAGGAGUUGGCAGAAUCUUUGGGAGAAUAAUAAGUCCUGCUGGAAGUCACCAUUUUCUGACUUGCUUUAACAGUCUUUUAAACCAAUGUUUCAGUGUCUUGUUUUGCAGACUCUGGAGAUAAUUUUUUUUAACAUGUACUACUUAAGAAAAAUUGUCAUACAAAACAGCCCAAGAGUUUCUUUUGCAUGAAAAAAGCAAAAAGCUUCAAACACAGGACAAAAAAUAAAGUAGGUGAUGUUCCUGGUAUAGCUGGGCUGUCAGAACUUGGAGAACUGUCUGUUCUGCAGACGGGGAGCACAGAUCCAUGGGGGUAACUUGAAGUAUCAAAGGGAAGGAGAGGUCCCUGUGGAUGUACUCCUGGCUGCGUUUUAUUUAUAUUGUUCAUUUGGAGCUGUGCAGUCCCUGGGGAAAGGGCGAUGUCAGGAGCUAUAUUCCUCCCUUUGCUGUGCCCACUUGCUGUUCUAAUAAUAAUUCUCCCUCCUGUCUCUACUGCUGCUGCAUUACAACACAGUCCUUAGUGCAGGGAGCACCUCCUCCUCUCCCGAGCUGCUCCUGAUAGUGGCUCUUCCUUUGGACACCACCAAAUACCACCCCCUCCACAGCAUGAUAGGCCAAAACCAGUGCAUGAGAUACCUAAUUUUAUUUUCCUUCUCUGUCAGCUGGAAAAGCCAGUUUUGCCUAUUUUUCCUGCCUUCUAAUACCUCUUAGAUUUGCCGGCUAUGGAUUUUCUAGUGUGUCUUCUAUUGAUUGCAUAAAUGGCCUCUUCACAGUGGGUCUGGUGGACCUCCUCCACGUGAGAACUGCUUGGUUUAGAAAAAACAAACAAAAACCAAGUUGGUUUUACUUGCCUGUGUUAGGGCUGACCCUGGUUCUGUUGGCAGUGGCUGGGGACGUUGGGGAGUGUAACUUAAGGGUAACAUAAAAUAAAAUUCACUUAACCACGAGAUUAAAGGACACAUGCACAGACUGUGUGAAACAUACUUUGCCAUUUAAGCAAGCUCCUGAAUUUUUGCAAAUGUGUCUGAAGCUGCUCUGGAGCGCCUGGAUUACCACGCGGAGCGCGCAGAACCCUCGGCCUCGCCGCAGGAUUUAGGUCACCCUUGCUGCGGAGCACACAGGACCCGGGGUAUUGUCCUCUUCCUGGAAUUCCUGAAUCACCUCCUGGCUACUUCUGACAUCUGGUUUUUAGGAUUGAGUUUGCUCUAAAAGAAAUCAUGUCAUCAGGAGGAGCUGAAGAUGAUAUUCCUCAAGCAGAGAGGAAAACAGUGACAGACUUUUGCUACUUACUGGAUAAGUCUAAACAGCUCUUCAAUGGCUUAAGGGAUUUACCUCAGUACGGGCAGAAGCAGUGGCAGUCCUAUUUUGGGCGAACGUUUGAUGUUUACACCAAACUCUGGAAGUUCCAGCAGCAGCAUCGACAAGUACUGGACAAUCGGUAUGGGUUGAAGAGGUGGCAAAUUGGGGAAAUUGCUUCCAAGAUUGGGCAGCUCUAUUACCAUUAUUACCUGCGCACCUCAGAAACCAGCUAUCUCAACGAGGCUUUCUCCUUCUACUCAGCAAUCAGGCAGAGGUCGUACUACUCCCAGGUCAACAAAGAGGACAGGCCUGAACUGGUGGUUAAGAAGCUGCGUUACUAUGCAAGGUUUAUUGUGGUCUGUCUCUUGCUCAACAAAAUGGAUGUUGUAAAGGACCUUGUGAAGGAGCUGUCAGAUGAAAUUGAAGACUACACUCAUCGUUUUAACACUGAAGAUCAGGUGGAGUGGAACCUGGUUCUUCAGGAAGUGGCAGCAUUUAUUGAGGCAGACCCUGUCAUGGUUUUAAAUGAUGACAACACCAUUGUAAUCACCUCUAACAGGCUUUCUGAGACGGGAGCUCCGUUGCUGGAGCAGGGGAUGAUAGUGGGACAGCUUGCUCUUGCAGAUGCACUGAUUAUUGGGAACUGCAACAACCAGGUCAAGUUCAGUGAAUUAACAGUGGACAUGUUCCGAAUGCUGCAAGCGCUGGAGAGGGAACCGAUGAACUUGGCGUCACAAAUGAACAAGCCUGGAAUGCAGGAAUCGACAGAGAAACCAGCAAGGCGGGAAAACCCCCAUAAAUAUCUACUUUAUAAACCAACUUUUAGCCAGCUAUAUACAUUUUUAGCAGCAUCAUUUAAGGAGCUGCCUGCAAACAGCGUGCUGCUGAUUUACCUGUCUGCCACGGGCGUGUUUCCAUCAGGUCGUUCGGAUAGUGAAGGUCCCUAUGACUUUGGGGGUGUUCUGACAAACAGCAACCGGGACAUCAUCAACGGGGACGCGAUCCACAAGCGAAACCAGUCAUACAAGGAGAUGCACUGCCUCCACCCUGGAGAUCUCUACCCUUUCACCAGAAAGCCUCUGUUCAUCAUCGUGGACUCUUCCAACAGCGUCGCCUAUAAGAAUUUCACAAACUUAUUUGGACAGCCAUUGGUGUGCUUGCUUUCUCCAACAGCAUAUCCAAAAGCAUUGCAAGAUCAGUCUCAGCGGGGUAGCCUCUUCACACUCUUUCUGAACAAUCCUUUAAUGGCAUUCCUGUUUGUCUCUGGAUUAUCAAGCAUGCGCAGAGGAUUGUGGGAGAAGUGUCAGGAUUACCUUCGGAAAAUCAACCGGGAUAUUGCCCAGCUCCUGACCCACUCCCGCUCCAUAGAUCAGUCCUUUCUUCAGUUUUUUGGGGAUGAAUUUCUUCGCUUGCUUCUCACAAGGUUUAUCUUCUGUUCAGCUACAAUGAGGAUGCACAAAAUCUUCAGGCAGGAGACUCGAAAUUAUCCUGAAUCUUACCCUCAGCUGCCAAGAGAUGAAACGGUGGAGAACCCUCACCUCCAAAAGCACAUUUUGGAGCUGGCUUCCAUACUGGAUGUUAGGAAUGUUUUCCUGGAAAACACCCUCGAUGACUAUUAAAAGAAACUGUCUUAUUGCAAAGGGGUUUCCCUGGCCACAGAUUUUGAAUGGUGCAGUUUUAUAAUGUGAAAAUCAUAAAAGGAAGUACUUGAUUUUAUUUUUAAAUUUAGGACCAUUAUUUUAAAAAGUAAUAAUAAACAGCUGUUAGUUGAGCUGUUCCAUUCUGUAUGGGGUCAAUUUUAUAAGCAGAAGUUUUCAUGUCUUUUAAAUGUUAAACUAAAGAAUCACUAGAGGUUUAUUUCUGGUCUUGUGGCUGUCAACCACAUUUCCAACAGCUGAUCCUGAGCAUAGAAGUAUUAUUGGUUACCUUUAGCCCACAUUUGUGGAAAUCCUUUAUUUUUAUACAAUUUUAAGAAAUUGGAAAGAAAAAAAAUCAACAGAAAACCCAAUAUUUUAUCCCCAAAGAGUUUGGAUUUGAAAUGGUAAAGAUGGAACCACACAGUGCAAACCAACAAUAGCAAUAACAGAGUCCUUCAUAACAAAUAUAUUUUUUCAGUCUUAGGCAAGUGAGGAGAUAAAAUUGUGGACAAUUGAGUUGCAUUUGGAGCAGUGGCUUUCAAGUGAAGUUGUAAAGAUACGUAAUGCUCCCUGUAAAUUGGACACAGCAGUUUUCUAUAGGAACUGUGUCCUGCUGGCCAAGGACCUGGUUGGGAAGGUGGUCGAGUUACAAACGCCCAAGGCUGGCCCCCACCUCUCAGUGUCCUGUGGGGCAUCUUGCCAUUUGUGUUGCUGCCACAGGAGGAGGGGGCAUUCUUUAUUUUGAGAUACUGUGUAGAAAUCCUGACAUUUCCAGGAGGUGUUACCCCUCCUUUCCCUGUGUGGUGGAAUGUGUGGCUCCCACAGUGUGACCACUCCCUGAAAGGAGCUGAAAGGACGUCCUGUACAGUGCUGAGUACGAGCCCUUCCCAUCACUUGCGUAUCCAACCCCCCUGUGCUGGAUCCCUGUGCCCCAGGAGAGGUGCUGAUGUUCCCCUGGCAGGUUGAACCAAGUGGGAGCUGCCAUAACCCCGUGGAUGUUUUGCAUGUCCCCCCCUGCAGCUCAGUCGUGCCCUGGAAGCAGGAGAACCGAGGGGCUGUAACUGUGGCAGCACCGUGGGCUCCCCAGCCCAUACCCUCAGUGUGGGGUGUGCAGGAGGACAGUGGCCCUCGGGGAGGUGCUGGCUGGGGAAGGCUGUUCUGGCUGCUGGCCAAAGCUGGCUGGCUCAGUUGGGACUGCACUGCUGCCCUGCAGAGACAGAGGAGCUCUGGCAGCUCCUGGCAGGGCAGGUGUGAGCAAGGAGGAAAUGGAGAUACUUUAAGCUAUUAAAUAAAAAAGUCUAUUGUCACUGCUCCAUGGGCUGCUAGAAAAGAAGUGGAAGGACAAGUCUGAUCAGUGCUUUUUGUUGAACCCCAGCCAUGCCUCUGUGUUUAGGUAAUAACAGUGCAGAACUUGGUGACUGCUACGGAAUUGUGGCAGGCCUGUGUGCGGUGCCAUCACCCAAGGUGUGAUCUAGUCAGCCACAACAGCACUGGUGGAUCCAUUCAGCUGAGGGCACAGUAUGGAACAGCAGGAAUGGCUGGAGUGUAGCUGGGGAGUUUGCAUGAAGGUUCUCUGUAGCUGGGCUGAGGCUUGCACCAUCCAUUCUUUAUUUCCCAAGUGUACAAAAUCCUGUGAAUGCUCGUGUUUGUCCUAAGCAGUCUUGAAGCUGUUACCUUGAGCCCCCCCCAGUUUGGUGCUGCCCUUUGGACUCUGGCAGGACUUCAUUUCCCAGGCUGUGGAGUUUGUUUUAACAGGUGUGUUUGUGCGUGUGCAUGUGUGUUCUCGGCGUUUGUGUGUGUAUGUACAGUACACAUACAUCUACUGGCUGGUGUAAAUUGUAAAUAUGUAUAUAUGUAUAGGUACUUGUAUAUGUAUUAAAAAGAAUGAACCACUACAAUGUCUAUAUACAAAAUUUAUAUAUACACACAUACGCCAUUUCGGGUGGAUUCCACAAGGUGCUGCAGAUCAUUUUUGGUUGUAGUAAAGGUUUUGGCUCUUCUGCCAUUGUAAUUUACUGUUUUCCAGGGACUCACCCUUGGACCUUGAAGUAAUUCAUAACUGAUUUGAGGUACAGGAGCCCUUAGUUAGCCGGGGGACUGGGUACUCCUGUAUGUAUUAGUGGUAAGAUUCAUGUAUUUACUGUGAAGCUGAUCUCUGCCUUCCUGCCUGGUAGGAGGUCCCCAGUUACUAAAACAUGGGACUGUGUGUGGAAGCUGAAGAUACAGGAGGCCUUUAAUGCAGCAGUGAGUGAGAGGCGGGUUAUCUGUUGCCCUGCCUGCUGUUCCUCCCCCAGCAGUGUUCAGCUUGCAUGGAAAAAGGGAAUUGAGUUUUCCCCAGCUCGCUGCCUUCCAACUGAAUGCUUUUGCUUUGCUUUAGCUUUUGCUUUUAUGAAGCUGUUCUCAUUUUGGUUCCAUCUGUGUGGAAAACAGUAUGCUGUUUCCAAGCAUAGGAAUGAUGAUGAUGAUGAUGAUGAUUCCACUCAUGUGGGCUGGUGAACCUCUGGGACGUUGCUUGUGAACUGACUAGGAAAGCCCUGGUGAUCCCACCUUCAUUUUAGCCAGGCUGAAGUGGGGAGUCCUUGCUUGUGACCUGAGAGGCUUCUACUCCACUUCACAGCCCUUCAAGGAGGUUGUUUGCUUGUUGCCAAGGUAGAUCUCAUCAGAGGAAAAUGCACUGUUUAAAAAGCUGAACAAAAAGCCCUGAAGAAGCUGGAAUGUAGGAAGAGAAUGUAGUCCUUGAAAAUUAGUUCAGAAGUUGUACUUAUCAGCAAAGACUGUCCAAGUCAAAAAUUUAUUCUUGAGGCUACUCAUUCUCCUCUUACCUACUGAUCUUUGUUAGAAGGUCCAAUGCUGGCAGGGACAUUCAAAGAUAAAGAUGGUUGUGUUGGGAGGAGUAUGGAAUUGUACUGUGUAAGCAAAGGGCUCUUACCCUCUGUCUGCUCUAGCUGUAGCUAGGAUAAGCGUCUGGUCUUGAAUUUUGAGCCAGCCCCCUCCCUUCCUGCCCAAAGCAACUGCAUCCGAGAUGAAAAUGUUGAUAUUUUCCCCUCCAAGUAAAAGCUUGUCUUGUUUGAACUAAGUCAUUCUGAACUCGUGCUACUGUGUGCUCUGUGCUAUGGUCGUAGGUACCUCGGUGUAUGCUUGUGUGUACUGAAGAAAAUCUGGUUUCUGUAUCUCACAGUCCUCAGUGUGGAAGCGAAGCAAAGACUGAACCAUUUUUAAGUGAGAAGAGAACAAAUCCUUUUCUUCUCAGGCCUGCUGCCUUCCCUCUUGUCUCGCUCUCCCUUUCUCCAUGUAUCUUUAUUGCUUAGAUUAACAGAGAAGACUUGCCAGCACCAGGCAAUGCCAAAUUAAAGGGGUAAAUUCUGCAUGUAAUACGCUGAGAGGACAAGGUGAACUGGACCAACUGUGUCCUUAUGGGACUGCUCCUGCCUGGCUCCCUACUCCCUGCAUGUGGUGUGCUCAGAUGAAUCCUGCUCCCACAGUAGGCACCUGCUCGAAUUGUUUGUGCUCCUGCUCAAAUUGGCUUUGGAACAUCCUGCCAAAGUUACUACUGUUGCCUUUUUCCCCCCUUUGACUUCUCGGAACAACAGUGACAGAGGAAUGCAGGGUUAUGAGUCUUUAAUGCUCUGGUUUUUAUUUGCUGUUGGGAUGUGAUGUGUCAUUUUGCUUCGUGCACAAGCUAAAUGGAGCACUAACUUCCAUGAGCUGUGCAAACAGGACUUGCUCCCUGGAGUGCUUUCUUGAGAAGUUCCAGGACAUUUCUUUGAGUAGUUUGUCAAAAUAAUGUCUGUCAAAUCAUGACUGACUAAACUCUCAAGACUGCUCCCCAGGGAGAUGUGCAGAGAUGUCUUUUAAGGAUCACAGGAAAUAGAUGGGGGCAACAGGAAAUUAGGUUCCAAAUAAUCAUCUUCAAAAGCUACAACUUGAGUAGCUCUGGUCAGGCUUCUCCCCUAAGGAGAAGGGGUGGAAGUGCUGCUCCCAGAUCCAUCCCUGGCAUGAGUUGGGAGGCAUCUCCCCUGCCCCGCCACCUCCCCUGUACUGUAACCAUGCUGUGCUGCAAGCCUGCUCCUUCCAGAAAGCUAAAAAUCCUGGCAUCUGUCUGAACAAUUGUUUUGUCUUGAGGCUUCUUUUGUAAAAGCUUUAUCUGUGUCCAGUUCCUCAGUCCGUGUCCGAGUGCAGCUCAGUGGUGCAGCAGCGGCUGAGCCUCGCUCAGGCCUGGUGUUGCCGGGGCUGCUCCUGGGGCUGAGGGAGCUCUGCAGGCAGGAACAGCUGUAUGAACAAGGGAAAAAUCUGGUCUAGAGAGCUGAAAGCUGCUCUGUGCACCUCAGUAAGGUCAGGCUCUCCAGAGCAGAUCAUACACUCCUGAGGGGGCUCUCUUACAUUGGUAAUAUCUGACUUUUAGAGCAAUACUGUUCUGUGACCACAUGUACUGCAAGUGCUUUGAGGAUCUGGGUGUCCGCUAGUGGAGCAGGGGAGGAACACAUCAGACAUGAAUUUGCUUUAGAUUUAGGAUUGCCAGUCAGCCACUUCUUGUUUUCCCCUCUAAACCAUUACUCUGCCAAGACAAGAGAUCUAGUUCGAGAUCUAGUUCUGAAUCUGACUGACCUUUUGGGGGAUUAAGGACUGUCUGAAUUCUGCCCAGAUGCACCCAUAGCUGUUUUAUUCCCAUUGGGAGCAGACCUCAGUGCAGCUCCCUGGCCUGCAGGAGCCCCCGAGCAGAGCAGACCUCACCAGCCUUGUACCAGCAGCUGCUCCUUCCAGAAUAAGCCCUGCUGGGAGGAUCUGCCCCAUUGACUUCGCAGGUCGCUCUCGGCCCGUGUUUAUCAUCAUUUCUCCCUUGAAGUGGUUUGUUGGGAGCAGGAUUCUGCCUCAUGCAGGCUGAAAAGCACAAGUUGCUUCUGCCCUGGGCAAGACCCGGUGAGAAGGACGAGGGGAGCACAGGUGGGAGCAUUUGGGAGCGUUCUGGGAAUGCAGAGGUACAAGAGUGUUUUGCCUCUCUUGAGAAUCAGAUUAUUUAUUACCAAAAGUAAUUUUAUAGUGAAUCGGUUUAAAGUUAUUUUACAGCUGUGUGCCUGUAUAUCGUAUUUUGGUAAAAACAGAUAUUUUCCUUGAAAUAUAUAGAGAUAUAUAAAUAAACUUUUUUUGGAGCAAAUGGACUUUUUUUGCAAGGGAUGUGUAAUCGCCAAAGCAGCGUGAUGCCAGAAGCGUUGUUCUGUGCCGUUGUUCUGGGUGUCUGCGGAGGGAAGCAGCGCGUUUGUGUUACCGCUGGACCCUGCUGGGAGGAGGAAGAGCCGCUGGCUGGGACCUGCCGCUUCUCCCUGUCCGAGCCGCCACCCC